GGAUUUUAGAUUGAUCCUCAAUCCUAGCAAUGGACUUCUCUCCCCUUUCUUUAAAGCUUACACCAUCAACAGUAUUGGACUGAAAAAACCUGUAUCUAUUCAGAAAGAAAACUUUUUUGAAGGGCAUGUUUUUGGGGAAAAGAACUCUGAUGUUACUGUACAUAUUGAUGAGGGAAUGAUGACAGCUUCAAUACAGACACCGGAUGAGACUUAUGUGGUAGAACCAGCGUGGCGACAUCUGCCAGACCAUGAUAAUACAACGAUGAUUGCUUAUCGAACAUCAGACAUCAAAGAGACCCCAGAAAGUCAAGAUGGACACUUACGGUUUUGUGGUUAUGUAAGGGAAAAUGGUAAUUUAACAGUCAAAAAGGAGAAACAAGACAUCACACUUGUGAAGAGACAGACUUCUAGUCAGUAUCGUUGGGAACCUGUUCACACCAGAUGCUCUCUCUUGCUUGUGGCUGACCACCUGUUUUAUCAAAACAUGGGUGGAAGUGACCUGAAAGGCACAAUAAACUAUCUGAUUUCCUUGAUUGAUCGAGUGAACAAGGUCUAUUUAGAGACGGAGUGGAACUCAAACGACAAACAAGGUGGUUUUAGAGGAAUGGGUUUUGUCAUUCAAGAAGUCAUGGUACACACAGAAUCAACACCCGUUGUCCAUGGUGAAGUGCACUAUAACAUGGCCGACUACGAAUGGAACGUUCGUGACCUCCUUGAGAACUUUGCUCGCCAUAGCUCACCUAGAUUUUGUCUCAGUCAUCUGUUUACUCACCAGGGUUUUCCUAAUGAUGGAACCAUCCUUGGGUUAGGUUACAUAGCUGCAGUCAGUCCACACCAGCCUGGUGGCAUCUGUAGCCCAGGUGUAUUUUGUUGUGUUUGCUUUUAGUGCUAAUUUUUGUUUUAUUUAUACUCUAGAUAUUCUCUGUUUACUGUGCACUUUAUUUCAUAUGGUUUUAUAAAGCCCGUUUUGGAUUAAUUUA